AUGAAUCGAUUCCCGAAGAGAGGACGGACACUUUUUCUCUUCGUUUUGCGUCGCGUGGCCCUGCUCUUCGCGUUGAUGAUGACGACGAUUUUGAUGAAAACCGCGACGGCAACAACGAGAGAGAAGACCACCUCUUUAAAGAACAAAAUCGCACUGAAGACGUUCUUUUCAAAGAUUGAUUUCGACAAGGACGGACAGCUGGACGCGGAAGAACUGAAAAAAUACGUCGCCUCUGCAAUCGGAGGAAUAGAGUUCGACGAACAAAAAGAAAUCGAUUCCGCGUCUCAUCAAACGAUCGAAGAAAUGGACGGGAAAUUGGACUCCGACGAGACGAUUUCCAACGCAGAGUUUGUGACGUUCAUGGAGAAAAACGAAAACGUGGCGACGGCGAGAGACGUGAAGUUAUGGGUGAAGUACGCGCUGAGGUUUCCGCAAUACGCCGGGAGGUUCGAGGAGAACAGAAUAACCAUCGAUGAUUUUCCGUCGUUGAUUAUGAACGACGGGGAAUUGUUGAAGACGCACUUGUUCGUAGAGAACGAGUUGCACAAGGCGUCGAUAUCGAGGAAUUUGAAACGGCAGAUGUUACACUUGGGCGAGACGCCGUCGGUGCCGAAGAAAGCGAUGGCGAAAGUUAUCGUGCCGAGGAAAAAAACGAGCAAAGAGGACGGAGAAUACGUGGUAUCUAUUAAAUGGUUAGAUCCGGAUACGAGAGGGACGCCUCCGGCGCAUUUGUUUGUCGUGAAGAGCGUGAUCGUGACGCCGGGGCCGCUGGCGGUUGGCGAUCGAUCCGGUCAGUGGUGGCGUAAAGAAGAUGAAGAUAUCGAAGUAAAAAGUAGAAGAGGUAGUAGUAAUGAGAAAGAGUGGAGGAUUGAAGAGGUCGUAGAAUGGGGCGAAGAGAACGCUUUAAUCGUUCGAAACUGUCCGAAAGGCGCGACGUUAAAAUUUAAAGUCAUCGCUUACGGCGCCUUUGGCGCGAGCAAAGCGGCGACGACGAACGAGGUAAAGAUUCCAUCGGGUAGAAGUUCCUCGUCGUCGUUAGGAGUAGGAAACGAGAAUAGCAGCAAUAAGUAUAAUAGCGGGGUGAAUCGAGGAGGAAAAAAUAAUAAUAAUAAUAACGCGGUGGUAGUCGAGGAACCGCCGCAAACGUUUUUGUCCAUGUUUUGGAGCGCGAUGGCUAUUCUCGCAUCCACGGGAGGGGUUUUCGUUCGAUUGUAUUACUUGGCGAAGAGUUGGAAGCAACGGAAUGAUUACAAAUCCGACCCAUUGGACGGGAGCGAUGAAAUAGUAUUAGGGGGUGGAAACGAUAAUCCGAACAACGAUUCGAGCGACGACGUGUCCAUAGACGCCGCGGUUGGAAUUGCCGCAAAAUCGCCGCAAAAAGCCGUCUCGGCGUUAAUUAAACGCGCUGAAAAGCAGUUGUUAGAUUCCAGUCGCGAUUUGAUGGAGCCAGAAGCCGAACCGCCGUCACCAAAGUAUGCCGCGAAUACCAACGCCAAUACGAUGAAUAAUCGCGGCGGUAACGUAAUAGGUGAUGCCGCGAUGUUGAUUACGGAGGAAGACGAGAAAGUCAACAGAACGGCGACGCCACCACCGCGGUCGACAUCUCCGCAAUUGAACGUUGCAAACAGCGCGGAAACGACGACGCCAUCGAAAGCGACGAAAAAAGUGAAACGAAACGGCUCCAGUUCGAGCUUGAUGUCGGAUAAGUCGUUAAACGCGGCUUCUCCCGCGAAAGCCGCUCUCAACGCCGCGGGUUUACAAACGGUAAGACCAACCGCCAGCGUCCAAUCGCAAACGACCACCAGUACGACCAUCAAAAAAGGCAUCUGCGCCGACCCGUUUUGCUCGAAGAAAGUGAAAGGUCUCUUCAAAUCUCCAAACGCGCAUUAUUGCGGAUUUUGUCAACACAAGUUUUGCUUCUCGCACGUGGCCACGUCGCCGCACGGAGCGAGGGGCAAGUGCAUGCCAGAAUCCGAGUGCGUCUGUUUGAAAUGUUUCAACGUGUUGGACGAGAGGAAGCAAAAAUCGCUGUUGAAGAAUUCAGACGUGUUGCAGAAACCGGAGAUUCUCGAGCAGAUGGCGAGGAAAGAAAAAGCGGCGAAACGUUGGAAAAUGAUAAAGAACGUGGUGAAAGUAAGCCGCAUGGCGGAAAAGCGAAUGGAGUACACGCGAUCGCGCGAAUGA